ACCGUGGAGCGUGAAGUCACUUUCAAACCGAGCUUUUCGUAAUGCUUUAGACAAAAAUUCGAAAUUCUGGUAUAGCUAAUAGACGCACUAACUAAGAACGCAAAGAAGCGAAUUGUUGCCGCAAUGGGACCCCAGCCGGAGCAAGCGCACAUGCACUUCAGUCCCAAGGUGGACUACAUCCUCAUCCUGGACAAGUUGCGCGAGGACUUCAACAAGAAGUUCGCCACGAACACGCCAUCACCGUGUACAGGAUUGGAUGACUACGAGAUUAAGGCGACCCUCGGUUCCGGAUCCUUCGGCAAGGUGCAGUUGGUGCGGGAGCGCGAGUCCGGCAUCUAUUACGCAUCCAAGCAGCUCAGCAAGGAUCAGAUCGUGAAGACCAAGCAGGUGAGCCACGUGAUGAGCGAGAAGAACGUGCUGCGUUCGAUGACGUUCCCGAACACGGUCAACCUGAUAGCCUCCUACAAGGACUUCGACAGCCUCUACCUCGUCCUGCCACUGAUCGGUGGCGGAGAGCUCUUCACCUACCACCGAAAGGUGCGAAAGUUUACGGAGAAACAGGCUCGUUUCUAUGCCGCCCAGGUGUUUUUGGCUCUGGAGUAUCUGCACCAUUGCAGUCUGCUCUAUAGAGACCUCAAGCCGGAGAACAUAAUGAUGGAUAAGAACGGAUACUUGAAAGUAACCGAUUUCGGAUUUGCCAAGAAAGUGGAAACCCGUACGAUGACGUUGUGCGGCACCCCGGAGUACCUGCCUCCGGAGAUUAUCCAAUCGAAGCCGUAUGGCACCAGCGUGGACUGGUGGGCCUUUGGCGUACUGGUCUUUGAGUUCGUCGCCGGACACUCGCCCUUUUCAGCCCACAAUCGCGAUGUGAUGAGCAUGUACAACAAGAUCUGCGAGGCGGACUACAAGAUGCCCAGCUACUUCAGUGGAUCCCUGCGUCAUUUGGUGGACCAUCUGCUGCAGGUGGAUCUCUCCAAGCGUUUUGGCAACCUGAUCAACGGCAACCGGGACAUCAAGGAGCACGAGUGGUUCAAGGACGUGGAGUGGAUACCGCUCCUCAAUCAGACGGUCAACGCGCCCUAUGUGCCCAACAUCAGCAAUCCCGAGGACAUAUCCAACUUCGAUAAGGUCUCGGACAAGCCGCGGCCCAAGGCCAAAACCAUGCGACACGAGGAGGCCUUCGCGGACUUUUAGCCAUGAUAGAUGUGUACUUGUGUUGGAUAGACCCCUUGACUCUGUAAAUUUUCGGCAGCAUUAGCUAAACAUCAUACUCUA